AUGAUACGGUUCAUAAUUGUUGUGGUGACUUUGGUUAUCCCGACGCUGAGCAUUACAUUCGGCUCAAACACCAUCUUUGCAAGCAGAUUUCUUGGUUUUUCGGUCUACGUAUCAAAUACAACGAUGAAAGAAGACGGAUUUUUAUGCUAUCAUGAGACAAAUCAUACUUUGUCUACCAUUCCCUACAAAAUGACCAUAAGAUGUGACGUUCAAGGUCGUUAUGUGAUCUACUACAACACCAGGGAAGGAAAUCUGAAGAACAAAUACGGCUACACUAAUCAAGCUCAAGUUUAUCUUUGUGAGGUGGAGGUGUACGGCUGUCCUCUUGGUUUAUACGGUGAAGAUUGUGACAAACCCUGUCCCCGCCGCUGCCAAUAUUGUCACGUUGUUUCCGGAGAAUGUCUUGGGGGCUGUAGCCCUGGUUUUACCGGUCAUUCGUGUGAAUCUUACAACCGAAUAAACAUGGCGGGCCAUCGACCUUCCUAUCAGCUACACACAUUAAAUGCAGGGCAGCCAAGUUUCAGAGUUGUCGAUGGUAAAAAAAGUAAUCUAGCUUAUAACGGGAAUCAGUGUACCUCAACACAGAACAACAAAGUAUUCGCCAUGUGGUGGGUGGAUUUACAAAAACCUCGACCAAUUGAACGCAUUAUGGUCUAUUCUAGAACCGAUAACUUGAAAUGGGAUGCAAACAACGGAUUUACAAGAGAAUUCCUUGGAUUCACAGUUGUUGUUUCAAACACGACAGAUCACAACGAUGGCGUCAUUUGUUAUCGUGAUAGAAGUUACAACAAAGACACGAUCCCUCCCUACAUUGAUAUAUUCUGUUCUGUGAUAGGUCGAUAUGUCAUCUAUUACAACGAGAGGCUGCCAGGAAUCCAUUACCCGGAUGAUUACAGUAGAUACGCCUUUACUGACCUCUGUGAAGUAGAAGUCUACGGUUGUCCUAUUUUGGAAUUUGGAAACAAAGUUCCUAAGUGCACAGUACCUUGCAUGGCCAUGUGCAAAAACCAUCUCGAAAAUCUGAGUUACAUGAAGCAAACAUGGCAGUCCUCGACAUAUUCCGCUUAUGGUACAAGCGACAAGGCCGUUGACGGCCAUUUUUCGUCACGCCAUUUCCGUGACGGGCAAUGUGCCUUAGGUGCAGCAAAUCAAAGACGUGUAACAUGGUGGGUCAACCUGGGGAAGAUAUACAGAAUUAACCACGUUGUUCUGGUUUUCCGUACGGAUAACAUAAAAUGGAGCGCUGACUCCAAUGGGUAUACGGCAGCUUUUCUUGGAUUUUACUUGUACAUUUCGAACACCACCAAUCGACAUCAGGGUAUUCUUUGUCACCAUGAUACAACAUUCACAAGACAUACCAUUCCAGAUACAGUGUCCAUAAACUGUCCGUAUUUCGGAAAAUACGUCAUUUUCUAUAACGAACGUUUACCCAGAGUUGUGUAUCCUUCUGACUACUCCACGUAUGCUUAUGGAGACCUAUGUGAAGUACAGGUCUAUGGUUGCCCUAGUCCCAUAGCGGAAAUUUCUCAAUGCACAAGACCAUGCCCCUUGAAUUGUGAAAAAUGUUAUCCAGGCACAGGAAUAUGUUCGAAAUGUUUUAUUGGUUUUGAAGGAUACGCAUGUGAAAUCGCUUGCCAUGCAGUGGCCUACGUUGCAUUCUCAACGCUGAUUUCUAUCCCUGGGAAGUUUAUAUACAACAUGUUAAAAACAUCCCAGGGAAUUCUGUUUGCGGGAGUUAAAACUGGAAUGGUAGGAGUCUACAUGACUUUACCAGAAACGUCUUCAAGCAUUGCGAAAUUGUCUUUCACUCUAAAGAUAGCAAAAGAAGUCAAUGUGACGUUCUGGGAUAGAAAUAAUUUAUUGAUCAAAAAGCAUCAGGAAAAAUUUACAGAACUGCAACAAAUGGAUGUCACAGUGUUGAAUGACAAAAUGUCUAAAGUUUAUACAAUUCGAAUAACAGUUGAGUAUAUCCAUGAACUCACCAUUUCAAAUCUGAGGCUCCCUCUGCGUAAAUGUUACGGAAAUAGCAUCGAUAUGGAAGAGCCCAGCCAAGACGGUUUCAAAUACGUUUGAGGAAUGAUACAAGUGGCCUUUUUUUUUCUUAAAAAUGAGUUUAAAAUAUUUUUUUCGUAGUCAUUACUUAAGUUAUUCCGGA